AUGAGAUGUAUUGGAAAACAAAACUUACAAUUAUUUCAAAAAGCUUUAAUUAUGAAUAUAAAUGGUACUAAAUUAUUCCUUCAAAUUUUGAUGGAAAACAACUUAAAAUAUUUAUUGACCAGUAAAAUAAAUCAAGACGCCCUAGAGAAUUUGUUCUCUCAGUUACGGUCACGUAGUGGCUUAAAUGACCCAUCACCUCUAAAUGCACUCCAUAGGUUAAGAAUGAUUAUUCUUGGAAAAAACCCUGGUAUAGUUUCAAGUUCGUCCAACACAACUGAUCAAAAUCAAGAGGAGUUUUUAGUUGCAGCAGCUUUUAAACAGGUCGAUUUCAAUAUUAAAGGUGAAUUUGAAAUACCUGAACAUCAAGAAACUAUGUCCAACGAUUCUGAAACAGAUACGGCCAGUGAAAAUGAGUCACAAGUUAAAGAAUCAAGAAACAACAGUGAAAUGACAAAUGAUGCUGUAGAAUACUUAGCAGGUUGGGUUGCUAAAAAACACAAGCUUAAAUUUCCCGAAAUUGGUUCUAUAACAGCGUCAAAAAAAUCAAGAGCUACAAAUGACCAUGAUUAUUUAAUGCCAUCUUGGAUUAGUCAUCUUUCUUAUGGAGGAUUAAUAACUCCCAGUAAAAACUUUAAAGUUAACAUUUUUAGAGUUGAAAGGUUAUUUAAAAAAAUGACAAAGCAACUUAUCCCUAAAGGAUCAGGAGUAGUUAAAAAGCUAACAGAUAGGAUUUUCAUAAGAACUGAAAUUGAACAAAAAUAUAAACCUGUAAUUCAGUCUUAUGUAUAA